UAGUCCAAACACUCAGAACUCAUUUCUCCAUCAGAAUUCCCGUAAAUAUUUCACUCAUAAAUAUGUCUCAAAAACCAGCCCACCACAACCAUAGCUUGGAAAUUUCGAUGCAACCAGCGCUAGGCAGCUCCAAGCUUUUCGACGAUGAUGGUCGUCUUAAAAGAACAGGGACGAUUUGGACAGCAAGUGCGCACAUAAUAACAGCAGUCAUUGGUUCGGGAGUUCUGUCUUUGGCUUGGGCCACAGCGCAGCUUGGAUGGAUUGCUGGUCCGGCUGUUCUGCUCUUGUUUUCUUUCGUCACGUACUACACGUCUUGCCUUUUGGCUUCGUGUUAUCGGUCUGGAGAUCCUGAUACUGGAAAGAGAAAUUAUACUUACAUGGAGGCUGUGGAAGCUAAUCUUGGUGGUUUCAAGGUUAAACUUUGUGGCGCUAUUCAAUACAUAAAUCUUUUCGGGGUUGCCAUCGGGUACACAAUUGCAGCAUCUAUCAGUAUGACGGCAAUAAAAAGGUCUGAUUGUUUCCAUGAAAGUGAUGCUAAGGAUCCUUGCCACAUCUCAAGCACUCCUUAUAUGAUUGCAUUUGGUGCCAUGGAGAUACUCUUCUCACAAAUCCCAGAUUUUGAUCAAAUCUCUUGGCUUUCGAUUGUUGCCGCUAUAAUGUCCUUCACCUACUCUUCAAUAGGUCUUGCACUUGGAAUUUCCAAAGUUGCAGAAACCGGAGAAUUCAGGGGAAGCCUUACUGGAAUUAGCAUUGGUGCUGUUACUCAAACACAGAAGAUAUGGAGGAGCUUCCAAGCACUUGGAGCAAUAGCUUUUGCCUACUCCUACUCUCUAAUACUUAUCGAAAUCCAGGAUACAGUCAAAUCUCCACCCUCAGAAUCCAAAACAAUGAAGAAAGCUACCCUAUUAAGUGUUGCAGUGACUACUGUUUUCUACAUGCUCUGUGGCUGUUUCGGCUAUGCUGCAUUUGGUGACUUAGCUCCCGGAAACCUCCUAACCGGGUUCGGAUUUUACAACCCCUUUUGGCUUCUCGACAUUGCCAACAUAGCCAUAGUAGUCCACCUUGUUGGUGCAUACCAAGUCUACUGCCAACCCUUAUUUGCCUUUGUUGAAAAACAUGCUGCCAGAGUAUUUCCCCAGAGCAACUUCAUCAACAAAGACUACGACAUUCCAUUGCCCGGGGGAUUUAGGCCUUACAAGCUAAAUCUUUUCCGCCUGGUUUGGAGGACGAUAUUCGUGAUCAUCACCACAGUCAUAUCAAUGCUUAUGCCAUUCUUUAACGACGUAGUUGGCAUACUUGGAGCAUUCGGGUUCUGGCCACUGACUGUUUACUUCCCGGUGGAAAUGUACAUUGUUCAGAAGAAGAUACCAAAAUGGAGCAGCAGAUGGAUUUGUCUACAGAUCUUGAGCGUUGCGUGCCUGAUUAUUUCAAUAGCAGCGGCAGCUGGUUCAUUUGCUGGAGUUGUUACGGAUCUCAAAGUUUAUAGGCCAUUCCAAAGCAUAUACUAGUCCUGUUUUAUAAUCCUUUGAUGCGAUUCUUGUUCAUGUUCUUAGAAAGAUUAAUGAGACAAUUAGUGCACUGUGCCGUUGCUCUAAACUCUUGAGAAGAGCCGGUACUUGUACAAAUUACAAUCUUGUAACUUUCAAUUUACAUUGAUGAACAAUUCAAAGUUUAAGCUCA